AUGAGGAGAGAAGGUGUACGUACACGUACAGGCACAGGUGUUUGUGAAGGCUAUGAUGGGAUUUAUCACAUACAGAGUGGAGAUGUGGGGGGAGCUGCAGCAACCAUUUUCUUUCAGUUUGUGCUGGCUCAGCUCAUCUAUGCGGAACAACACAACCUCAAGCCAUGGGUCUUCUUCAACAACAUUUCUCAUCAUGUAUAUGAUCAACGCAUUCACAACCAAACAGGAACCAAAAUCACUCUACAGUUCCAAAUGAAGCAAGGAAUGAAAGUAUACCAUCACCAAGACAAGAGGUUGAGACGGGCUGCCUAUCCAGGAAAACCAUUCCUUCCUCAGGGACAAGAAGAACAACAACUACACUCUCAUCUAUUCCAAUUCACGGGAGAUGGUGUUUGGCAAAACUACUUUCUACCAGUUUCCGAUUUUGAUCCAAACACAACUGUCGAUCCUUCCUGCCAAGGUAAACCUCUCGUCACCAUGGAUAUAUGGUCCAUCACACCUGGGCUACACAUUUAUGCACCCUGGACACCAAGAAUGUGGCGGUACCAUGUAUUGCCAGACUACAUGCAACAGCGACACCUAACACUGAGAGAAUGGCUCACUCCUCAACGAAUACGAGCCCAUGCCAUGACACAAAAGUACAUUCAAGUACAACCAAAUUUGUGGAAAAUGGCAGACUCACUUCUACAGAAAAAAGAAAACAACAACAAUGCUCCUUGUCUCGGCCUUCAUAUUCGAUGGUCGGACAAGGGUGGAGGGCGGCGGAUCAUUCAGGUUCAAGAAUUCUUGCCCUAUAUUCAACAAUUCGUGACACUGCAGCAACACCAACAACAACAAACGGACAAGGACACGUGCUGUUGCAUCAUGCUGGCCACGGAUUCCACCAAAGUAUUGGACGAAAUACAGAAACGAUGGCCUUUGAGCAUACGCCAGCAUUUACGAUUUCAAGGAGCGCACGUCCUUCGAUCUAGCGACGAAACACCCGUCUUUGAAAUGACUACGACGGCUGACAAUGACAAUGACAAAGACAACAACAAUAAACAGCAGCGACCAGCAGCCCUAGUUUCCCAUCAUCGGACCAACACCGAAGUACUCGUCGACAUUUUGGCACUCAGCAGGUGCGACUUUUUGAUUCAUGGACAUUCCGCCGUCUCCGAUGCCGCCAUGUACCUCAAUGACAAACUCAUCUAUCAGAGUGUCAAUCUGGAGGAUCCAGAUGACUUUUCUGUACAAGACUUUGGAAACCUAGUUCGUGAUAUCCAACAACGGGGUCACGUCAAUCUCACUCGCUAUUUCCCGGAUCCGUGGUGGAAUACAACUACUUUUGUCGAGCCAAUAGCACCACAAGCCACAGGCAGCAAUCAAUUCUGUUCCCCAAAUAAUGAUGGUGAUGAGUACAGAGGCAUUCUACACAUAUCCAUCGGAGGUGGAAGUGACUUUUCAUUUGGCAUGACCUUCUUCCAUUUCGUGCUGAAUCAGCUCCUCUUUGCCGACAAGUACAAGCUCAAACCGUUCAUUCAUCUGACACAACAAGAUGCUCAAGCUGUUUACGAUCCACGGAUGCAUGCCAGCAAUGGUUGGACCAGCACACUAGACAUCCGUACGACAAGGUCGGUUACGGUACGGAAUGUCUCGGUAGCAAGCGGAGGCGCCGAUGGACCCAUGCAACGGAUCUAUCCUAGUGAUGUUGAUGCCAAUAGUGGCUACAAGUCUACCUUGAAUCUUUCCGGUAAUGGCAUCUGGAACAGCUACUUUGAACCAGUGUCCGACAUUGAUCCACGAAGCGAAGAGACGUUCCAGUCCUGUCGAGACAAGCCAUGGGUUGUGUUGAGGAGGGAAAUGGUCACAUCGGGGCUGCAUCUCUGGGCACCGUGGAGUGUCAAAUCGUUCAAGUACUCGGGGCUGCCGGAUCAGCUUUGGUGGAAAGGCAAGAAAACACAACGAGCCGGCGGUCCUUCAUUGGGGGAGACUGUGGGCGAAAGUUUAUCUGAUUGGUAUCUGCCAAUGCGAAAGAAGGGUCACGAAAUUGUAGGCAAGUACUACCGCCCCCAUGCAUUCCUAUGGAAACGAGUCGAGGAAGUACUGCAAACUUCCGGGGCCCAAACCGACUGCUGUCUUGCAAUGCACAUUCGACAAGGCGACAAAGAGGGUUACGGGAAACGCAAACUUAGUCGAAUCCGAGACUACAAACCAUUCGUGGAGGCGUUUCUCAAUGCUACCCAUGGCAAGUCCUUCGUGUAUCUCGCAACGGAUGCCUGGCGAGUUAUUGAUGCUAUUCAAGACAACUGGGAUGCAUCCCUAAGGUCUAGGAUCCAUUCUCAGGGUGAUCAUGUUGUUCGCAGCGUCAGAUGGGUACCAGCUCACAUGCUCGAACCCGACAACCGCCACAGAGUCAAUUUGGAAGCCCUAGUGGACACCCUGGCCAUGUCGCGGUGCCAAUUCCUUCUACAUGGGUUCAGCACCAUGUCAGAGGCGGCCAUUUACAUGAACCUCAAUCUGCAUUACCACAGCGUCAACCUUGACGAUGUCAAUCACAUGGGCGUGAAAGAGUUUGAAGUUUUAAUACGCGGCAACGAGUUUUGCAGUAGUAGGAGAUGA